AGGGGAGGGAGCAUGGGUAACCUGUGGCUCACUCACAGUUUGCAUUCACAGCCAGUGAAUGGAGGAGACUCACUCACAGGCUGCUGGCUGGUCGUGAAAUCCCAAAGAUAACUCGGAAUAAAGAGCUUCCCAAAGUGGACCACGACCCCAUUCCCAAAAAUCAGAGACCAUACAGGUGGGUUUGACAGGUGCCAAUGGUAGGAGGACAACAACAAAUUACAGAAUGAUGGUUCGCUAAGAUUAGAUGAGAAAUUAUGCCUUUUAGAGAUUCAUCAGUUGUUUCGAUAUUUGUUUAAGGUAAUAAUUCUUAACCUAUUUUUAGAGCAGUUCAAUUAAUGUAUAUGGUAUUAGCUUGGAAACUGUUACCAGUGUCGGCGAGUCGCCUUUGCCUGGGGAAGGCACAGCUGGAUUCCCCUAUAGACAGAGUGGGCAGCUGCCUACAGGUGCCAGUAUAUAUUUUUAUUUAUGUUUUUAAUAUUGAAUUUUAUUUAUGGAGUUGGAGAGUGAGAGACGUGCACCCGCCCCCCCCAAUAGUGAAGUAAAUAACAGGGAGCUGGAUUUUGGGGGGAGGUAUGGAAAUUCUGUACCUACAGACACCUGAGAUGUACAGACCUGUCUACAGAAACCAAUGUUUGUGUAUUAUUACCUGUGGAUGGACAGAUAUAUCGGGUUCAUUGGAAGCACUUUGGACCACCUAAAAUGGCACAGGUCCCAAUCAAGGGGUUAGGAAACUCCGGCUUAAGGAUUGUGUUAAUUUGAAGUCAAUUGAUUAUCCCCUGUACGUCCAUGACUCCAGCCACUAAGAUGGACUAUUCUUCUGGAAACUCACACAAAACUAAUUAUGGAUUUUUAAUGUUGUUGUGCCUGGAAGAGACACUCAGUCCAGCUGGUAAUGUACUUAAAUGUCAUCUUAUUGGAUAAAUGAUAUCAUUCAAACAAUUGAGCAUCUUAAUUUGAAGGAAAAAAAUACAUCUUCCUCAUGAAAAACAUCUCUAGAUUUCUUAUUAUCUUCAUACAUUUUAUGCCCAUUCUUGCCUAUUCUUAACACACACGCUUUUAAUUAGUAUUAUUGCAAAGGGAGACAAAUUGUAGACCCCCAGCUAUUAUAGGACCACAUCUCCCAUAAUGGUUUGCAAUCACAAUACCAGGGUUGUUCAUUGAAAUGUGAUUUUUGGGGGGAUUUCAAAGUUUUAUGCCAACAUACAGAACUGAAAACCUAGCUGACUGGGGAAAUUUUUCCAUUUAGCAAUUUUGGUCUAAAUACACUAAAAUGUGGGCGUCCAAAUUACAUAGAGAACAUGAGCAAGAAGGCUUUAGUGGAGGGGUGACCUACGUCCACCAUUGUAAAAAAAAAUCUGAAAUAGAACCAAUGUUUUAGGCCCGGCUACCACUUUACAGAAGAGAUUGGGACGGGGUCCUGUGAACGUUUUGGCUUCGCCCUGGAUGUAUUCGUCUGCUGUGGACAUUUAUAGAACAAUUGAGAUUAGUUGUGGGUAAGAUGACCUCCCUGGGACUGUGCACACAGUUUGUUUAGGAGAUCUGACUAAUCAGUUGGGCUUUGCUGACGUGCCGUCCUGAAAUAUCAGGAUAAAUUAGGCCCAUACUUUUAAAAGGCCAUAGAUAAAACACACUGUUUAACAAAUCCCAGCACGCACGACUCUUAACAUGUUAAUUAUGGCUCCUACUUUUUAUGUUUUUAUUUUUAUUUUUAAAUUAUUUUUCUCAUGAAAAAAGUCACAUCCACUGCAAGAGAUCCGAAGACCUUAAUAGUAUGUAGUAUAACCUAUAUAACAGCAUCUGAACUGUUUGAGUAUUUUCUAGGAAGCUCUAGUAUGGCACCAUAAUCUUUAUAUUUAAAAUGUUGAGUUUGAAGUGUGGCCAAUGUUCCAACGACACUGAGAUGUCAUUUGUUCAUAAGAGCAGGCUGCAUGUCCCUUUAAAUAUGGCCUUUCUCCAAGUUACAAUAUUGCAAGUUGUAAAAGCCCCAGUUUUUACCCUGCGUUUUCCUGUCUGUUUACACAUGUUAAAUAACCCUGUCAGUGUCAGUACCUACGCCCCCUGCACCCAUGUUAGUUCCCUGUAUCACAUUGUGUUUAGACGCUAAAUCCAUUUGGUUAUAUUACCCUCCCCGGGAAUCCUGUCUGAAACAAAGUAAAGUGCAGGAGAUACCUGGCAAAGUCAGCAAAUGUGUGAAUUGAUUCAGGGAUGCCUAAAAAGUAUAGUUUUGUAAAAAAAAAUAAAAAAAAUAAAAAAAAAUGUGUUCAUCAAUUUGCUCAUACUGUACAGAAAAUAGGAAAAGGGGAGAGGUGGAAAUGUUUCAGAGACAAUCUUUACUUGUCUUCGUCUUACAGCAGAAAUGCCAUGUUGGUCACAUAACACAUGUGUGACAAUAAUACAGAAAUGAGAAUGAUCCCUAUAGCUUGUACAUAUAGAUUGCUGAUAUCUGGGGAGAAGGCGGGUGGGUCAUGCAAAAUGUAAGCUUUGUACUAUACAGGGAAUUGCAAAUUGCUAUAAUAAUAUUACCGGCACUCAGUCAGUGCACAAUAUUUAUAAAAUCUAAUUAAUGUUUGUAUAAAUGUACAUAUUACUAGAACGGGUACAUUGUUUGCCCUAGGUCGGUUCAAAGCCAUGAACUUGGUGUAGGUAGAUGCAAAUAAUAUUUAGAAAACUUGUCCCAUUUUAACUUAUUGAACAUUAGAAGUUUGCAAAGUAUGAUUAAUUUUGAGAAAUUGUGUGGCAUCAGAUGAAAACGACUUGUUCUCCUCUGUGAACAGAAUCACCAUGGAGACGUUUGUGAUUGAACAGACGGAAAAUGAGAAAACGCUGCUUCGAAAAGAUGUGUUUCGUCCUUGGCCCAAAACACGGCGCUUUGUUAAAGGUGCAAUUAAUGAUACGGGGAUGAAUAUUGUGCAGUUAUUUGUAGGGUUGUAGGUACAAUUCAAUUUAUUUUCCUAAUACCGCAGGAUUUAAAAAAAAUUUUUUUUAUGGCUUUUGAACAAACUUACCACUUUGUGAUAUUUUGACAGAUCUGAUGGUAUUUUUAAUCCUCCAUAUUUCUCAAGAGUCCCACUUAUAGAAGGACAGUCCCUACUUAAGAAUUUUGCACUGCGUUCCUCCAGUGUAGGAAUGUUAUAUGUGUAUGUUAACUGGUAUAGUGUGUGCAUGCUAGUGAACUUGGUGUGUGUUUCAGUGGGUAUGCUGAGUAUUGUAUGUAUGUUAGUGGCUAUGGUGUAUGACAGGUAAUGUAUUGAGUGUGUCAAUGUGCGUAGUGUCAGUGGCGGUUGGUAUGUCAUGAAGCAGUUAGUAAGGCUGAAUGUAUAGAAAUAAUAUGUGUAUGUUAUUUUAUGUAGUAUGAGGAAGUGGGUGUAGUGUGUGUAAGUGUGGUGACGUGUGUAAUUUUAAAAAUAAUUAUUUUUGUUGCGCAUACUAUAACAAGCAAGCGUGUGUCACCACAACAGCAGGAGCACACAUAAUAUAUCCACAUAUUACGACAAGGCAUGGCAAUAAUAUAGCAGCGCAGUGUUUUGUUCUCAAAUGCAUGGAGUCAGAUGAGUGGUACGCUUAAUAGUUAAGUCUGCGUGUCUAGUGCGUGAGAUACAGAUUAGGCAUGACUAUAAGUUUGUAAAGCUAUACUAUGAGUUGUUAAGAUAGGCCAUAUACAUCACUUUUCCCCUGCUAAAUUCUUGUGUACCUACUUUGGCUAGUGAGGUAUUUACGUAGCUGAUAGAUGUUAGGCGACGUGUGACACUGGCCAGGUGUGAUAUAUCAGCAGGAGUGGUUCAUUUAGUAAGUGAAGGCUAAGUGAGGGUGGGUGCGUCCGUGCGUGAUUGAGUGGUGUUUGUGCCAGGAGAUUUAAUUAGAGUAGACUCAUUGAGUAUAAGUUAAAAUUGCAGCAGAGUGUGAGUUCGGGGUGGUAGGUUUUGUAAUGGUUCACUUUAUGAGAUGAAUGUAUAUUUUAAUGGUGUGUGUCAGUGGCACUAAGCAUGGUAAGUGUGCACUCAGUGAGUACUGUAUCAGCUCCCUAUCAUUCCUCACUUGUCUGGAACCUAGAGGGUUGGACAGAGCGACAGUUCCUUGUCUGAUUGGCUGCUGUCCGUCAUGUUAUCAUUGCUGAUUGGCCAUCACCUUGUAGCCAUGUUGUUCUUCAUUCCUACGAGUGCUUUGAGAACUAAUCCCCAAAUUAAUCAAUUUUCCCUCAGUGUGUCUAGAAGGCAUUAAACGAGUCCUUUUCCGCGUUGGUGAUGAUUGGUAUUUCCUCUUUGCUCUUGGCGUUAUCAUGGCAAUGAUCAGUUUUACCAUGGAUUUCACCGUCUCCCGGAUGCUGAACGGUGAGUAUCAUUAUUAUUAUAUUUAUAUAUCUCCAACAUACGCUGUGGAGACAUACAAUAGUUAGCUGAUCUCCCAGCAAUCCCUGCGAUAUGUCACUCAUUACUUACACCCACGCAGUGUGAGCCCAUCUACAUUAAGCCUCCCCACGUCUCGAACCGCAGAGGCGGAGCUAUACUGUCACUCCGUGUGUUGUGAGUGCUGGAUUACGUUCCCACAGUGCCCCAGGCAGGUUACCAGCUUGGCACCCCAUAACUAACUUCACUCAUACCUCACAUACUUGGCCUUCCAUGCGAGAAGAGAGAGCUUUCUGCAUGUUCUACGGGACAGACUGCUCUCUCUGAUCCAGAGUGCGAGGAGGGAUAUGAUGUCAUUUACAUUUAUUUUGCAUUAUGUUUAUUUUACGUUAAGUUUAUUUUAUAUAUAAUUAUUGGAAACUAUUCCUUGUGAAUAGCUUGUCUAAUUCAGAGUGAAUUUUUCCAUUCUGAUUUCACAUCACUGCAGUUCACUGUUUAGUGAAUAAACCCCUAAGUAUAUAACCCCGAGUGUGAUAAAUCUGUAUUGUGAUAGCACAAGUUUUUUUCCAUUAUUUUCUAUACAUUUCUUAUACGGAGAUCGAGUUGUUUAAUCAGCUUACCCAUAGCGCCACCUAUGGGUGGCUCGUUGCCCUGUCUUUGCGUUGUGUCCAGGGUGAGACACAUAUUAACAUUGUGAUGUCAUCAUUCUAUUUAUAUUUGGGAGCCUGGUUAGAUAAGUGUAAUUGGUGUUAUCCAGUGGCAGCAAGACAUGACAUGUUACUGUUUUUUUUUUUUUUUUUAAAUUCUUUAUUUUUCAUGUGCACAGAUUUACAACAGGCAUGCAGAGCUACGACAGCUUCCGCAUGCUUUUUAUACCGUUUUGCAGUGUAGACAGCACAUUUUUUUUUAUAUAACAUGAGGAAUACUGGCAGAGAAACAUAAGGGUAGUAUGGUUUAGCUUGUCUGACUGAACAUUCAAAUAACAUUUCUCAAGUUAGGUCCCUGAAUGUCUGGAUAAGGUACACGCUUCAAAAGUCAACGAUUAUGACAUUACUUGCUGACCAUAAACAUGCUAGAUCCUGUAAAUAAAACUUUUCUAGCAAGCAAGAGUGUUAUCGAUACUGUGGCUGGUUUACAUCAUAUAAGCAUUAGGAUGAACAGGAAAGAUAAACUAAUAACUUGGCUCAUGAUGAUGCUAUGAAUAAUCUUACAUUGGUUAGUAAAGGUAUUAGGCUUUAGUUAACGUUGAGUCUGCUAUAUGACCACUGGGUACUAAUUGCACCAUGACAGCUCUAAAGGAGCAGUGAAUUUAGUGUCUCUGUAAGAAAGCUGGUGUGUAUUCCGUGCUGUCCGUUUAUCCGAUACCUCGUAUGGGCCAUCGGAGCUUGGUAGGCUGCAUGGUCGGUGAGGUAGUGCUAUUCGUCCCCAGGAAGGGCUGUGUGUUGAACCAGGCUCCUUGCAUGUGGCUUGUGGUGGGUGAGCUGCGCCGGGGGUUCCCGUUCUCCCAGGCCCAGGCCUCCCGUGGGUUCAUGGUCGCUUGGCUGGUAGCUUUCCAUUUUGCUUUGGCUGGAUCACGGGUCUGCGGACGCUUGACGCGUCGGGGGAUUCCCCGAGUGCUUGGACGGCUUGUUGGCUGUGCCACCCUACGAGCUCCAUGCCCAGUGCCGGUUGCAGGUUCGCGGUCCACUGCAUCUUUUCUCUGGGUCAGCUGCCCGUGUGAGUGUCGGCUUUCGAUGCGGUGCCAGAAUGCUCGGCAUAUGCGUUCAAACCGGGCUUCAAAGUCUUCCCGCCAGGACUGAAUGUCCGCUCUCUCUGUGGUUUGUCGAGGCUGCAUUUCAGCGGCCAUCUUGUGCUCGCCAUGACAUGUUACUGUUGAUGACUUUCUUACAGUGAAUGCUGGCAGCGGGGGGUGGGGGGAGGGGCAUUGCUCUAAUUGGUUGAAAAUUAGAAAUUAGAAUUUAUUUUAUUCCGAUUAGAUUUAAUUAUUGUAACAAGAGCUUUGUGUUCAAACGUAAUUUCCAUCUGUUAAUUAAUUGACAAUGAACAGGGCAACUCUUAGCAUCCUCCCUCAGCAUGCAGGCAAUGGUUGGUUGAAAAUGAUGGGAUUUGCAAACAGGAAAAAGUUGGAGUAACAAUGAGCCGUAGUACAGAGCAGACAAAAAUAAUCAAGGUGAAACGUUGCUUGAGUCGGAGGUUAUCCACUAAUGUGUGGAAUGCCAUGGAAUUCGAAGGGAAUUACAAAUAUGACUAAAUGACUAUGGCUAAAUAAUAAAGGGACACUAUAGUUACCAGAACAAAUACAACUAUAGUAUACAGCUUAUAGCAUUUGUUCUGGUGAGUAUAAUCAUUCCCUUCAGGCUGUUUCCAGUAAACACUGUUUGUUUCAGAGAAAAUGCAGUGUUUAUAUUACAGCCUAGGUACACCUCCACUGGCCACUCCUCAGAUGGCUGCUAGAGGUGCUUCCUGGGGCAGUGCUGCACAAUGUGACUGACAUUUAGUGUCUCCACCCUCUGCAUGCAGACACUGAAUGUUCCUCAUAGAUAUUCAAUGUAUCUCUAUGAGGAGAUGCUGAUUGGCCAGGGCUGUGUUUGGCUCCUCCUCCAGACCGCCUCCUUGACUGAGAUCAUCAUCAUCAUCAUCAUCAUUCAAAAUCUCAGCCAAUCCAAUGCUUUCUUUUGGGAGAUUUUACUAUACUUAGGGAGGCAAGGGGAGACAGAUGGUGUUUUUAACACUAUGGGUCUGGAAUACAUGUUCGUGUUCCUGACCCUAUAGUGUUCCUUUAAUCAAGGUUUUCAAUUCUGCUACUUUAACCUAAAAUUAGAUAUUCUAAUUUUUUUUUUUUUAAACUGCAUUAUUGUUACAAACACCUGACCUUGUAUAUGCCACAUGGAGAUUUCAGGCCUACUAAAUUUUGAACCAUGUUGAAAUCCCAUCACAUUAUUACUUUACUUAAGACUGCAUUUUUACUAAUCUAUGUAAAGCUCUCUGAAUAAGGGAGCCAAAUGAUCAAUGAUUUAUAUAGAUAAAUAUUUGUUAUUAUGAAUUUAGAACAUUUUGUAUUAUUUCUAUAAUUGUGACAGGAUAAUGGUGUGUUAUGUUAUCUCAGAUCGCAUCAAUGUUUGAGAAAUCAAACAUACUUAAAGGACCACUAUAGUGCCAGGAAAACAAAGUAGUUUUCCUGGCACUAUAGUGUUAAUAGGUCCCCCCCACCCUUAAGGUUCUAGUGGGAGGUAGGGGUUAAAGGCUUACCUUUCUCCAGCGCCGGGCUCCCUCGACGCUGGGGACUCUCCUCCCUCUUCCGUCGAAUGCGCGGCUAGAGCCGCGCGCGCAUUCAGUCAGUCCAUAGGAAAGCAUUCUCAAUGCUUUCCUAUGGACGCUGGCGUCCUCUCACUAUGAAAAUCACAGUGAGAAGCGUGGAAGCGCCUCUAGUGGCCAAUGAGACAGCCACUAGAGGCUGGAUUAACCCUAAUGUAAACAUAGCAGUUUCUCUGAAACUGCUAUGUUUACAGCAGGCAGGGCUAACCCUAGAUGGACCUGGCACCCAGACCACUUCAUUGAGCUGAAGUGGUCUGGGUGCCUAUAGUGGUCCUUUAAUCCAGUAUCACACAAAGGGUCAGUGGGGACGACACUUUUGUAAAAAACAGAUAAAUAUUUAGAAACCAUAAUUAUUCUGUGGAAGAAGCAGACCAUGCUCGGGGUUAAAUUUCUAAAAUUGUAUAAAUAUCUGGCACGGCGUAGGUGACCUGGGUUUAAGUAAUGCAUGAAUUAUGUGUUAUUUCAUACAGCCCAGCCUUUACCUACACCCCUCUGUGAGUUAGAUUACACCUGCAGUUAUUACCUGCUAAUUAUAGAUUGCCCCAGCUUGGCACAGACCAUGAAAUCUCAAUAUUCUAUACAGAGUAAUCAUUUAGAACUCAGGACAGUUUGGUGACAGGCGACUGGGUUUUGGCACUGAUGAGCGUCAUAAAUAAACCAUUGGCGCCAAGGAUUUGCAGCCACACAGAACCUGUCUGUAUUUACCAGAGAUUUCUGAAACAAUAGAUACAAUCAGUGGGAGAUUGGGGCCGUUACCUCGUGGGAAAACCUUCCUGACAGGAAGAAAGUCACCCUGUCCAGUGGCGGAACUAGCGAACACAGGACCCUGGAGCAAGAAUGUUUUAGGCCCCCCUCCUCUUGCAAGGAUGACCAAAAAGUAAAUUCAAAUCUGUCGUACAACUUCCACAAUCCUUUGCCAGCUGGGGGUCUACCAUUCGGUCAUCCUUGCAUGGUUGCACUUAGCAUUGAGCAGUUGUUUGAAUGGAGUAUGUAUGUGUGGGAUGUAGGAGGAGGAAUGUAGGAGUGAUUUUGUGUGUAGUGCUGUGUAUUUUUAUGUACUGUUGUUUAAGUUUGCUAAAAGAUACACAGACGCACAGAUUCACACACUGACACCGAUGUAAAUACACAGACACACACACUAACACACACACAGAUAUACACAUACAGAUUUACAGACUCACAGAUACAAACACUGACACACAUGCAAAUACACACACAUACAGAUACACUGACGCCCAUGCAAAUAGGCACACACACUAACACACAUGCAAAUACAUAGUCACAGAAUGACACACAUUCAGAUACACAGACACACAGAAUGAUGCUUCUCUGGGGUCCAAUCGGCUGUUGGAAGUUUCUUCCAGUCCGCACUCCUUCCUCUCUGCCUCUCCCACGUGGCUCUCAGUUUUAGCUGGGAGGAAGUGACCAGCUGUCACUUCCUCCCAGUCCUGACAUCAUUACAGGGGCCCGGUCGCGUUGUUACAGGACCCCAUCGCGGAUAGGUUCCCUGAAAACAAAUUACCUUUGGGUGGCCCGAACUUAUUGUAACCCCUUGUUAUAUGACUACUCGCUUUAUGUCACCCACUGCUAUAUGGCUACUCACUGUAUGUCACCCCGUGUUAUAUGGCUACUAACUGUAUAUCACCCACUGUUAUAUGGCUACUAACUGUAUAUCACCCACUGCUGUAUAGCUACUCACUGUAUAUCACCCAGUGUUAUAUGGCUACUCAAUGUAUGUCACCCACUGCUAUAUGGCUACUAACUGUAUGUCACCCACUGCUAUAUGGCUGCUCACUGUAUGUCACACCAUGUUAUAUGGCUACUAACUGUAUAUCACCCACUGCUGUAUAGCUACUCACUGUAUAUCACCCACUGUUAUAUGGCUACUCAAUGUAUGCCACCCACUGCUAUAUGGCUACUAACUGUAUGUCACCCCGUGUUAUAUGGCUACUAACUGUAUGUCACCUACUGCUAUAUGGCUACUAACUGUAUGUCACCCACUGCUGUAUGGCUACUCAUAGUAUGCCACUCCCUGUUAUAUGUAACUUUUAAUAGUCUCUAUUUCCUCCUAAGCUCACAGAUGGCUGCAGCAGGAGCUGAAAGGCAAUAUGUUGCUGAGAUAUCUCUCUUGGACCGUAUACCCUAUUGCCUUGGUGGCUUUUUCUACUGGUUUUGCACAAAGCAUCACUCCUCAUUCUGGAGGUGAGAUUCCCCUUGUAUUAAACAGUUCUCGCUCCAGGAAUGCAUUGUCUCACUGCUCGUUCUGAGUCCCUGCCUUGUUCUAGUGAAGGUUCUCAGCCCCUGCCUUGUUCUAGUGAAGGUUCUCAGCCCCUGCCUUGUUCUAGUGAAGGUUCUCAGCCCCUGCCUUGUUCUAGUGAAGGUUCUCAGCCCCUGCCUUGUUCUUGUGAAGGUUCUCAGCCCCUGCCUUGUUCUAGUGAAGGUUCUCAGCCCCUGCCUUGUUCUAGUGAAGGUUCUCAGCCCCUGCCUUGUUCUAGUGAAGGUUCUCAGCCCCAGCCUUGUUCUAGUGAAGGUUCUCAGCCCCUGCCUUGUUCUAGUGAAGGUUCUCAGCCCCUGCCUUGUUCUUGUGAAGGUUCUCAGCCCCUGCCUUGUUCUAGUGAAGGUUCUCAGCCCCUGCCUUGUUCUUGUGAAGGUUCUCAGCCCCUGCCUUGUUCUUGUGAAGGUUCUCAGUCCCUGCCUUGUUCUAGUGAAGGUUCUCAGUCCCUGCCUUGUUCUAGUGAAGGUUCUCAGCCCCUGCCUUGUUCUAGUGAAGGUUCUCAGCCCCUGCCUUGUUCUAGUGAAGGUUCUCAGCCCCUGCCUUGUUCUAGUGAAGGUUCUCAGCCCCUGCCUUGUUCUAGUGAAGGUUCUCAGCCCCUGCCUUGUUCUAGUGAAGGUUCUCAGCCCCUGCCUUGUUCUAGUGAAGGUUCUCAGCCCCUGCCUUGUUCUAGUGAAGGUUCUCAGCCCCUGCCUUGUUCUUGUGAAGGUUCUCAGCCCCUGCCUUGUUCUAGUGAAGGUUCUCAGCCCCUGCCUUGUUCUAGUGAAGGUUCUCAGCCCCAGCCUUGUUCUAGUGAAUGUUCUCAGCCCCUGCCUUGUUCUAGUGAAGGUUCUCGGCCCCUGCCUUGUUCUAGUGAAGGUUCUCGGCCCCUGCCUUGUUCUUGUGAAGGUUCUCAGCCCCUGCCUUGUUCUAGUGAAGGUUCUCGGCCCCUGCCUUGUUCUAGUGAAGGUUCUCGGCCCCUGCCUUGUUCUAGUGAUGGUUCUCGGCCCCUGCCUUGUUCUAGUGAAGGUACUCAGCCCCUGCCUUGUUCUAGUGAAGGUACUCAGCCCCUGCCUUGUUCUAGUGAUGGUUCUCAGCCCCUGCCUUGUUCUAGUGAUGGUUCUAUUCUCCUGUAAUUGUAUAUAUUAUUCCUGCACCGAUAGGUUCUGGUAUCCCUGAAAUGAAGACGAUUCUCACUGGUGUAAUUUUGGAAGAAUACCUCACAAUCAAGAACUUUGGGGCCAAAGUGGUGGGUUUGACCUGUACCCUGGCAGCUGGAAGCACGAUGUUUCUUGGAAAGGUGGUAAGUGGACAUUCCAUGCCUGGAAUGAGGGCAAGGCAUGAGGAGGGUUAACGACUUCCAAUGCAAAAGGACUUUGAGAGAAACAUUGCGCCAUGAAGUAAGAUUAUAAAGUGUGUCUUUAAUGCUGUUACCUGGAGAUGAUUGUGGUCUUGUCCAUACAGGGUCCAUUUGUCCAUCUUUCCAGCAUGAUAGCGGCGUACCUUGGGCGGAUGAGGUCCUCUGUCACUGGUGAUUAUGAGGUGUGUCACUUACAUAGCACCAACAUAUUCAGCAGUGUAGCACACAUUGACUUUACAAUAUCAGAGCAAAACUCAAUCUAACAGAAAACAUGCAGGACCAGUGUGUCAAAGGAAGGUGGGCGAGGGAGAUGAAGGGCGCAGGGGGCUGUGUAGCAGAUUAAUGGAAGAUGCCUUGUGUGGAUGUAUAGAUGGGAUGGGGAAGGAGUUUCAGUAGAGUGAAGGAGUCUGAAAACCAGACCAGAGAUGGUUAACGUCAAUAAACAAGAUGGUGUUUAUUGCUCACUGAUGCAGUUAUUUGUAUUUUGGGCUCAUGUUUAAUUACUUUAUUUUCCAAGCAUAAUUAAUUUGAUUUAUUUAUAGGGAGACAUUAUUUAAAAAAAAAGAAAAAAAAAAAGUUUAAUUAGUUUAAAAAAAAUGCUGUAUAGCUUAGCUACCCAUUUCCCAUAAUCCCAUUUGGUAAUAGCUAGACCUAUAAGCCAUAUGAUGGCUGGAUUUAAAGAUUUCCACACGUGCUGACUGAUUCCUUCUCUUACCUUCUUGUAGAAUAAAAGCAAGGAACACGAAAUGCUUGUGGCAGCUGCAGCCGUGGGAGUCUCUACAGUGUUUGGAGCGCCAAUCAGUGGUAGGCACACAGCGCAUAAUGCGUUCCUGCCUCAGGGUCUGAGUAACUGGGGCAAAACAUAUCAUAUCAGUCAUAUCCUUCAAGUAUCUCUGCCAUCUGCUAAUUACUUCAUUCAGAUCAGUACCGUAUGGAAAACCCACAUUACUUAUUUUAGUAAAUGUAACUCUCAGUUCUAAGGCCCGGAUUCCCUGAAUAGCCAAUCAGAAGCAGGGAUAUCCUGUAGUUAACUAAUUAUCUCCCAAUGUUAGAGUGCACAGUGACCAAAAAAAAGUACACAAACGUCUGUUUACUGUGACAAUAACCGGGUUAUUCAGGAAUUCAAAGUCAAUUAAACGUGGCUUUAAACAUUUAGGACAAAGUAGUUGAAAUAGAAAACGAUAAUUCUCACUUUAGUAAAAAGCCGUGCCAUUUCCGAGGUUUACGUUAAUCGAUGCACUCCAUAUUUUCCAUAUUGAUGAUGGUUUUUGGUGACACAGAGAUCUCGCCAUAAAAGUAUUACGUUUACAAACUGUGCUCGCUCUUGAUUGACAGUCUGAGUUACAAUGCCAGAGAGGGUAACGUGGAUGAUAAGAUAAUGUAUAAUUGGUCUGCUGAAGUUAUUUGUUGUUUCGCUGUCUGUGUCGCGCAGGUGUACUAUUCAGCGUAGAAGUAAUGUCAUCCCAUUUUGCAAUCAGGAAUUACUGGCGGGGAUUCUUCUCUGCAGCCUGUGGGGCAUUUAUGUUCCGUGUGCUAGCCGUGUUUAACAGCGAGCAAGGUAAGGUCAUGUGAGAGCAGCAUUUAAUUACAGGUACAGGACAUGUUCAGGAUCAUUCUGAUACAAAACGUAAAACAAUAUCGCUAAAGCUCACCUUACUUCCAGUACACAGUUCUCCCGCAGCCCAGUCUUUCUCACUCCCCCUCGCUGGUGGGGGGGGGGGACAUCCUGUGCGUGCUGGCGUUAGAUGCCAAUUUUGCACGUAAUUGAUAUUAGCCGUCCCAGAGCUCUAGUUCCUGGCUGGCUAAUGACAUCCCAAUGACACUGCUAGAGGUGGAGUCACACCUCCAGCAGAAGAUGGGGUUAAUCUCUAUAUGUGCCACGUUUCAUAAUGAAACACUGUGCAUACAGCCUCCAGGCACCAUGACCACUUAAAAUCACUGAAGUGGUCUUGGUGCUUGGAGUAACCCAAUCACUAUUAAACGUACUGUGUGUUCUAUUUCAUUCCACAUUAGUGAUGGUUUUCCUUUGUGCAUACUAACUGAAAUACAAACACUAAUGUUAACCCUUUUGAUCCAUUGACUGUUAGAGGUGUGUGUACUUUCUAGUUAACCCUUUGUAUUUUUUUCCCCCCCAGAAACCAUCAGUGCAGUGUUUAAGACCAACUUCAAAAUUAGUUUUCCAUUUGACCUCCCAGAGACUUUCUUUUUCAUGAUUUUGGGGUGAGUAGAGUUCUGGGGGCGAUGUAGGGAUCUGGGUAUGAAGGUCAUGCUGUGGGUAUGGAACUGACAGAGUUUUUGGUAUCUGGUGAUGCGGUGAGGGAUCGUUCAUUGUCGGCAGGGGUUUGGUUAUAGAUGUAGGAAUCUGAUUGGACUGUAAGUAUCUGGUGAUACAGUAGAGAUCUGGGGAUGGUCAGCAUUUACCAGGGUACAUUGUGUAUAUGCUUGUAUAUGUUUAAUUCCUGUAAAAAAUGUAUCAUAUUUGUUUUGCUCUAGCAGAUUGUGCAUUCUGUUUUUAAGAGCUUGCAAUCUAUUUUUGUAUUUUCACAAAAUCGAAUGUAACCCCGUGUAAAUAAUAUUUGAUUCCUAUUUGUAGAGCAAUCUGUGGGGUCGUGGGCUGCGCAUACCUGUUCUGCCAGCGAUGGCUGCUGGGAUACGUCCGAAUUAACCGUUUCACUGCCAAGUUGUUGUCAUCAGAGUGAGUACAGAGUAUUGUAAUAAAGGGAGCUUCAGUCGGUCAUCAUUCUGUGACCCGGGUAUUAAACAUUGCCCUGAAAGUCUCUUGGGACUUAUUACUGCCCGAAAGUCCAUAUUACAGAGACAGGAUUUCUGUAUAAAUCUUGAUGGAACAUUAUUGUGACUUCUAAAGAACCCUUUACAGUCAGCCCACAGCUCCCUGCCAUGGACUCUUAUCCAGGACGACGACCAGCAGAGGAAUGUGGUGGCCCAGUAACCUAGCAUUAUCAACUGGGCAUCAGUUCCACCUAAGGAUUAACAAUCUACUAAAGGCGGCCAUGACCUUAGGCUGUGGAUGUGACGCCUGAUAUUACGGGGCUCUAGAUUACAGGAUAUUGCCAUAUACAUGAAAUCCAAUAUACAAUAUAUGUACUGAUAUAAUUGCCCAUGAUGAGUUGGCAUGCAGUAAAUAUUGUUUAUUUACCUCUCUGUUUAGUAAACCUGUGUAUUCAGCUCUGGUGGCACUUCUGAUGGCAUCUAUCACAUUCCCAGAGAGUCUGGGGCAAUUUCUGGCUUCACGGGUAAGACCGCAAGAACCUUGCUCUGCUUUUUCUCUAAAUCAAACGGUUAAAAUCUUAAAAAAAAGGUUAAAAAUUGUUUUAUUAAAAUUGUUAGUUUUUAAGCCUUAGUAUUGUAUUUUGCUGCACAUCUUUGGAGACAGAUACUAUAAAUGUCACUGUGUUACCCUAUAUUUAUAAAUGGUACUUGCCAUCUGGAGGUGGGAUAAUUAGAAUAUCGCUUGAUAGUGCUGCACAUUAUCUAUAGCUGAUAGAAGUGGGAUCAGUAGAUCAAGGAAUGAGAACUGCAGAUUAAGAAGAGACCUGUGAGGUUUUUCAGACCAGGAAUGUCUUAUUUACUGAAUUCCUUCCUCACUUGUUAUUCACUCCUUGUCAGCUUUCCAUGAAAGAACUUCUCACCUCACUCUUCGAUAAUCGGACAUGGUGGACACUUUCCCAGAAUGCCUCACUGGAGAGACCAGCAGAAGUGGAUCCCAACAACCUGUGGCUGGAAUGGGCAAAUCCUCAGUUUACCAUUUUUGGCACAUUGCUCUUCUUUAUUAUCAUGAAGGUAAGUACUGAACCCUCGAGGGUUAGUGUUCUCCUGAAUCCAAUCUCCUGGUCUCCAUUAAUCAUUUAUAACAUGGUAAUAAACCCUUUACCAGUAACUCAAUAAGCUGCUUUCUCUUCCAUCGUUUGGCUUUAUUGGGCUCAAAAGUACAAAUGAUCUACAGCAAGGUACAUAACCAUAUAUCAUUCUAUAGGAAUCACAAUGUUUUAACACAGGGAAAGCCAAAAUGUCCAAACUACCUGUGUCCAAGCAGGUAACCUUCAGACAAGCCCCAGAGCACCGAUGUUGUGGACCCACCAAGAUAAUAUUCUGCUUACUAGGUGAUCUCUGCUGGAAUGCAGUAACAUUGUUUGUGGGUAAAUAAAGUUCAUCCCUGCUAUCACCCCCACUAACUUGGACUGAACGGAACUUAACAGAGAUGAUACUUCAACCUGCUGCUAGCUAAAUUGAUCAUUUUCCAUUUUUACCAGUUCUGGAUGUUUAUCUUGGCCACCACCCUGCCCAUGCCAGCUGGGUAUUUCAUGCCAGUCUUUGUCUUUGGUGAGUAUUCCUCGUGGUCCCCAUAGGGCUAUGUAGACUCCGCUAGACUUCAUAGAUCCUCCCACCUAUUUUUGGAUGGAAUCUUUUUCCUAUUUUGCAUACAAUCUACAUUCAGUACUGACUUCCCUUCUAGUUCUCUGCAUUCUACAAUCCUCAAUCAUACCUCCUCAACAUUCUGCAAUGUUCCAUUCUCUCUUCACCCAAACCAACCUUCUACAUCCUCUCUGCCCCGGACACUAUUUGCAUGAAUUUCUAACAAUUGUUUGCUCUCUGCUUCCCAUACCAGCAUAGAUUCAGCUUCCUAUUUCCUAACAAUCCUUCUUUAAUGGCAUCACCUAAGAUCCUCUGUAUAUCAGUAACUUCUUCUGCAACACCAUUUAGCAGGUCUACUGUAACUACAUGCCAGUGGGUUCUCUACUGUUCUGUAAUGGCAUUCCUUCACAUUCCCAUGGUGUAAUAGCAUUUCUUUACAUUCCUGUGCUGUCAUAGCAUUCAUUCACUUUCCUGUACUGUCCUAGCAUUCAUUCACAUUCCUGUGCUGUCAUAGCAUUCAUUUAUAUUCCCGUACUGUCAUAGCAUUCAUUCACAUUACUGUGCUGUCAUAGCAUUCAUUUACAUUCCUGUGCUGUCAUAGCAUUCAUUUAUAUUCCCGUACUGUCAUAGCAUUCAUUCACAUUCCCGUACUGUGAUAGCAUUCAUUUACAUUCCUGUGCUGUCAUAGCAUUCAUUCACAUUCCCGUACUGUGAUAGCAUUCAUUCACAUUACUGUGCUGUCAUAGCAUUAAUUUAUAUUCCCGUACUGUCAUAGCAUUCAUUCACAUUACUGUGCUGUCAUAGCAUUCAUUCACUUUCUCGUGCUGUCAUACCAUUCAGUCACAUUCCCGUAUUGUAAUAGCAUUCAGUCACAUUCCCGUAUUGUAAUAGCAUUCAGUCACAUUCCCGUACUGUCAUAGCAUUCAUUCACAUUCCUGUGCUGUCAUAGCAUUCAUUUAUAUUCCCGUACUGUCAUAGCAUUCAUUCACAUUCCUGUGCUGUCAUAGCAUUCAUUUAUAUUCUCAUACUGUCAUAGCAUUCAUUCCCAUUCCCGUACUGUCAUAGCAUUCAUUCCCAUUCCCGUACUGUCAUAGCAUUCAUUCCCAUUCCCGUACUGUCAUAGCAUUCAUUUACAUUCCCGUACUGUCAUAGCAUUCAUUCACAUUCCUGUGCUGUCAUAGCAUUCAUUCACAUUCCUGUGCUGUCAUAGCAUUCAUUUAUAUUCCCGUGCUGUAAUAGUAUUAUGUCAGAUCCUCUCCUUAUAUAAUUCUUUCUACAAUUCCGAUCCAACACCAUUAGUAUAGGUUUUUUUUCCUGUAACCGCUUCAUUCCACAUUCUCUCCAGUAAAAAAAUUCCUAUUCUCUCGACAGCAUCAUUUUAUCACUCAUGUCUUUUGCUUCCUGUAUUAUCUCCCAAUCACUCUGUCCAUAGGUGCUGCAAUUGGGCGACUAGUGGGGGAAACUGUAUCCUAUAUAUUUCCAAAUGGCAUAAACUCAGAUGGUGUCAUUAACCCCAUCAUACCUGGAGGUUACGCGCUGGCAGGUGAGGAGCAAUUCUAUCUAUAUGUUUGUAUUGAGACUCCAUUGAAGACCUUCAUAGACUCUGGCCACAAGUUGGAUAACAUUAUCUUUUAAAUAUAAAUGUUAGAUUGCAGCUUGGCCUCAAUAUGCACUCUGUUGGUUUUUUGGCCACAACGGGCAGCCAUCAAAGAGCAUAAGCUGCCAAUUAUAAUUUAGAAAAUGUUAGAAUUCACUCAGGUUUGCUAUCGCAAUUUAUUAGCAAUUCAAAUAGUAAUUCAUCAGGUCUAACCUUAUGCACCAAUGGGCCAUGUUGGUAAUGUAACCGAAAUAUUUAUUUGGAAAACCAGUCUCAGCUCACUGUCUAUUUUCUGUUUUUAGGAGCGGCUGCUUAUUCUGGGUCCGUUACACAUUCUCUCUCGACUGCGCUUCUCGCAUUUGAAGCCACUGGUCAGAUCGCACACAUCCUUCCAGUGAUUCUCGCAGUCCUAGUCGCCAACGCCAUCACCCAGAAGUUCCAACCAUCAUUCUAUGAUGGCACCAUCAUUGUGAAGAAACUUCCCUACUUGCCGAGGAUACGCAGCCGGCAAAUAAAGUGAGGGUCAACUAGCCAAAGGCUAUUACAUGGGAAGAAAUCCAGUCACAAGAUGGGGGGGAAAAAAAGCUGGGGAACUCUAAAUCUAUUCUUUAAAUCAUUCUCUUUGCUUUUAGCUCAUACAAGGUGAACACUGAGACAUUUAUGAACACAGAUGUCAAGGUCCUAUCCACAGAGGCCAGCUUUGAUGAUGUCCUCAUGGUAAUGACUUCAUCUGAAGAUUUGGAAUUCCCUGUGGUGGAGAAUACAGGUAAAGAGUAUUUCAUAUUAAAGGUUAACAGCUGAGGAUGUACCAUUGGCUGCCUCUACCUUACGCUAUAAUUUGUUUACAUACUGGGAAUCAUCGGCUGUGCCAGAACAGGUCUAUCAGCACACAAUCCACGCCAGGCAGAUGGUCACAGUAAGACUCUGACACUGCAGUGCGAAGAUGGGAUACAUGAUUCAUAUUUGGAAAAUACAUUUUUGGGGGAUAUAUUUAAAUUGUAGAUUUUUGCUCAAUACCUAAAACAUGCCACGUCCCAGCAUGCAUCUGGAACCCUGUUCCUUGUUGUCUGGUGGCCCAUGUUGUAUUAGUUUAACUCUGCGCAACUAGGGCAAAACUCUGGGAAAGAGACCGUUUUAUUUUCCAUGAAAUAAUAUUUGGGGGAUUGGUUGGCCAAAAUCUAAUAUUAAAGGGAUAUUAGAGGCAUGCAGACCAUUGCGUCUCAAGUGCUGUUUUUGUAAAACGUUGCAGUUUGUUUGAUACAUAAAUGUUUCCAUUGCAGAAUUAAACACCCCCUUAGUAGCUGUCUUACUGACCGCCUCUUACCCUGUGAAAACCAAGCCAGAAUCAGUUGUCUAUCAAAUCUUGCUCAUUGGGAGCAUUUGAUUGGCGCAUCACAGCAAUUUGACACAAAUGCGCACUAGCUAGGGAAGCUUUGGAUUGGCUGAGAUCAUCCAUCUUGAUGAUCACAGCUUUGGAGGUGGAGUUUAUUGAGGGCUGAACAGUAAGUAAUACUCACAUCUCCAAUCACCCACAGUUAGGAGGUGGUACCUAAACAGGUAGGAGAACACUAUGGCGUUAGGAAUACAUGUUUAUAUACCUAAACCUGUAGUGUUCCUUUAAUGCAACAUUAGAAUGUAAAUGUAAUUAAUUUCAAUCUUUAGUUAAAAUAAACAAUUUUUUCAAAAUAUCCAGAUGAAUUUCAGAUCAUUUCAUAAUAUUACAAGGCAGGGGCUAAGGUGGGAAAAACAUUUCCUAAACUAUUGUCUAAUUACUGGUACCCACUCGCUCACCUGCCCUUCACAGAGUCGCUCAUUCUGGUGGGAAAAGUAAUGAGAUCACAGCUGAGACGAUUUCUGGAGACUCACGAAUCCCAGCAGCACCUACAGAUGAGUGACAGUAAGGUAGGUAAACGUGUUUUUCAUAUUCACUGACUAGUUGAUAUUGGAUCCAAAUGCAGAAAUUAGCCCAAGAGCUAUUACGGCCUAAUUCCGGCCGUUUGGUUCUGGGUACUCCUCAGUAGCAAAUAAACCCCGUAGUGAUAGCAGACAGCCCCUUCAUUAGUUGGGGCCUCUCUGAACAAUUAAUGUACAGAUCCAGAGAUAAAGGGUUAGAUCCCAAUAUCAUAUAUAUAUAUCAGAGAUAACCCUAACUCUAGAAUUGAAUACAAGUUUUCCUAUUGAAUUCUAUAGGAAACACGCAAUUUCAAAAUGAAAUCUAAUCUUAUAGUAGAUUCACGUCCUAAACGUGGCUCCAUGACCCACGUUUCAUCCAAUAAACCACAUUCUCCUUGUGUCCUGAUCGUAUCAUCUUAUUCUGGGUGAAUUUAAUUGGAAUUCGAUGCAUCUAGAGCUUUUUCCAACUGAAUAGAAGGAAAGUAUUCACAUUAAUGUUAGGUGCAAUUACGUUUUUCUGGUUCUCACUAUUGUCACCUAAAACUGCCCUCGUACAAUAACAAACCUUUCGCCACAAACAGAACGGUUAGACAGGGCACGGUGCACAGUGAUCUAUAAUAAUGCUAUAAGCUGUAAUGAUAUAAUGAGCUGUAAUAAUAUAAUAUAAUGAGCUGUAAUAAUACAAUAAGCUGUAAUGAUAUAAUGAUAUGAGCUGUAAUAAUGCAAUAAUCUGUAGUAAUAUAAUAUUAUGAGCUGUAAUAAUGAUCUAUAAUAAUGCUAAAACCGUAAUGAUAUAAUGGGCUGUAAUAAUAUAAUAUAAUGAGCUGCAAUAAUACAAUAAGCUGUAAUAACACAAUGAUCUAUAAUGAUACACUGACCAGUGGUAGUUAUGUUGCUUAGAUUGUCUCUUUAGCUUUAUAGGUAAAGAUACCAAUAAUGUACCAAUAACCAUAUCCCCCCCCAGAUAACAUGCCAGGGGACCCUUAAGGAUGGAUGUUCUAUCGAACCCGUUACCUUCCAGUUAUCCACCUGGACAUCUCUGCAUGAAGUAAGUAAGGGACUUUCCAAUUAGAGUAUAAAGGUUCAGGGAUGGAGAUAUAAUGGUUCUGGGUUCUAACAUGCAGAUAUCAUUGUUCUGCGUCCUGAUAUACAGUUAUAGUGGUUCUGGGUUCUGACCUGGAGAUAUGAAGGUUCUGGGUUCUGCCCUGGAGAUGUGAAGAUUCUGGGUUCUGACCUGGAGGUGUAAUGAUUCUGGGUUCUGGAGGUGUAAUGGGUCUGGAGGUGUAAUGGUUCUGGGUUCUGGAGGUGUAAUGGUAUCCUGGACCCUGCUGAUGUACGUUGUCUCUUUUCCCCGUAUCUCAGGCGCAUCAUCUGUUUGAGUUGCUGAGUCUCCAACACGUGUUUGUCACCAAAUUUGGCAAGAUUGUAGGAAGUGUUACCAGGAACGAGGUAUAAUUUACUAGUGAUGCCAAUUACUCAGAGCUCGUUAAUUAAUUCAAAUUGUUUCUUCAAACAGCAGCACUGCACAAACCCUGAAGGGACAGUCUCACUUCCAUGAUGCUUUACCAGUGUAGGUCUCUCAUUGCCGUACUGGGAGGAGCUAAGUUCUACACCCUGUUCCAAAUUAUUAUGCAAAUUCUAUUUAAGUGUCACAAAGAUGAAAUAUUUUGUUUUUCAGUUUAACUCAUGGAUGACAUUGUGUCUCAGGGCUCUUUUGAUUACUGAAAACAAUCUCGGACACCUGUGAUAAUUAUAUUGCCAGUUGAGCCCAAUUUAAGGAAAAACUACUAGGAGGGUGUUCCACAUUAUUAAGCAGAGCACCAUUUUCAUGCAAUAUGGGGAAGAAAAAGGAUCUCUCUGCUGCCGAAAAGAGUGAAAUAGUUCAAUGCCUUGGACGAGGUAUGAAAACAUUAGAUAUAACAAGGAAAGUAAAUCUAUACCACACCAAAAAAAGUAAAAGUAUAGAUUAAAGGGGUAGCAUACAAAUAUCAUGAAACAUACAACCUGUAUAUAACAGGAAAUGAUCUUGAGAAAAUAAGAAAUUCUGGUGAUCUACGCUUAUCUCCCUCUUUUUCAGGGUAUCUUAGAACGGUGCUUGACUUUCUUUGCGAAGGAUCUUCGAUGUAGGCGAAAGUAUAUUCAGAAUACCAAAUCCUCAAAGGAAAAAAAACUAUAUAGAGCAGUAUUGUAAAAGAAAAUACAUUUAUAUGCACUGAUUGCACUUACAUUUGAACUGCAAUUAGCCAGCGUAUCUCCACUAACAAGUGGAACCAUAUAGAGAAGGUCCGUCUACAGCAAGUGGAGUACAGUCAAAAAAAAAUAUAACAGAAAGGAAUAUGCAUAAAAUAAAAAAAAAGAGACAAUAAAAACUGGAAACCAAAUGUCCAGAUCUUUAAUCCAACGCGUUUCGUCGUUUAUAGACUUCUUCAGGGAUGUAAAUAGAUCGGAAGAACUGUUUCCUUAUAUAACAGUAAAUAUGGAUGAUUUUCAAAAUUAGCCGCAAAAAUUCUAUCAAGUUCCGUCUGUCCCCGUCUCUCAUUGGCUGGACGUAAUAACGACCACGUUCAUGGGCACAGACGUCAGAAUAAUUUACGCGUUCCAUUCUGGAACGCAUAUAAUGACAUCGAUAAUUAUAUACAACUCGAGAACUUCCGCGUUCCACCCUGGAACGCACGACAGCCCGGACUAGAACAAGCCCAAAAAGCCGAGCGCCCCAAAGUGGAACAAAGAAAGCUUCCAUGUGUAUACAGUAAAGACAUAUAAACGAACAUAUAAAAUAUAUAACCACAUAAGAAUCAGAAUUAUUAAAUAUACCUAUUUAUUUCCCCAUAUAUAAAUAAUAAUGACUAUUGCACAAAGAUAGUAAUCUAUAAAAGAAAUAACAAUUAAUACAGUGAAUAAGAAAUAUAUAUAUAUAUUCAUGAUAUUUGUAUGCUACCCCUUUAAUCUAUACUUUUACUUUUUUGGUGUGGUAUAGAUUUACUUUCCUUGUUAUAUAUUAUAUUGGUGUAUGUGAGGUACACUUUUGGGUGUUUAGCAUUACCAUUUGGUUUUUCUUUUGGGAUAUUAUACAGUACUCCUUUUGUGUAUUAUGAAAACAUUAGAUAUUUCACGAAAAUUUAAGCGUGAUCAUUGCACUUUUAAGAGAUUUGUGGCUGAUUCAGAGCACAGAUGGGUUCGUGCAGAUAAAGGCACAUUGAGGAAGAUUUCUGCAAGAUCCAUGCAUCGAAUCAAGAGAGCAGCUGCUAAAAUACCAUUACAUAGCAGCAAACAGAUAUUUGAAGCUGCUGGUGCCUAUGGAGUCCCACGGACAUCAAGGUGUAGCGUCCUCCAGAGUCUUGCAACUGUGCGUAAACCUUCUAUUUGGCCACCACUAACCAAUGCUCACAAGCAGAAACGGCUGCAUUGGGCAGAAAAAUACAUGAAGACUAAUUUUCACUGAGUGCCGUGCAACCCUGGAUGGAGUAGUGGAUGGUUGGUGGACGGCCACCCUGUUAUGACAAGGCUGCGACGUCAGCAAGGUGGUGGGGGAGUCAUGUUUUGGGCCGGAAUCAUGGGAAGAGAGCUGGUCGGCCCCUUUAGGAUCCCUGAAGGUGUAAAGAUGACCUCUGCAAAGUAUGUAGAGUUUCUGACUGACCACUUUCUUCCCUGGUAAAGAAGGAAGUACUAUGCUUUCCAUAAUAAAAUCAUCUUCAUGCAUGACAAUGCACCAUCUCAUGCUGCAAAGAACACCUCAGCAUAUAUGGCUGCUAUGGGGAUAAAAGGAGAGAAAGUGAUGGUGUGGCCUCCAUCCUCCCCUGACCUCAAUCCUAUUGAGAACCUUUUGAGCAUCCUCAAGCAAAAGAUCUAUGAGGGUGGGAGGCAGUUUACAUCCAAACAGCAUCUCUGGGAGGCUAUUCUGACAUCUUGCAAACAAAUUCACGCAGAAACUGUCCAAAAACUCACAAGUUCAAUGGGUGCAAGACUUGUGAAGCUGCUAUCAAAUAAGGGAAGAACUGUUAAAAUGUAACGUGACCUGUUAAAAUGUUUAACCCCUUAAGGACACAUGACAUGUGUGACAUGUCAUGAUUCCCUUUUAUUCCAGAAGUUUGGUCCUUAAGGGGUUAAAAAGUUAAAAUGUUGUUAUAAGUUUGAUUGAAAUAGCUUUUGAUUUCAGUAAAUAUGCUGCAAACACAACAAAUGACAAUUUUCAGUUCUUUACAACCUAUAAAGUGUUUUGAAACUUACUGUGCGUAAUAAUUUGGAACAGUGCAUUGUAAGUUUUUUAUGUUUAAAAAAAAUACUGUUAUCAUUAGGAGGUUUGUUCAAUACAAUUUGAAUUGUACUCUUAAUAGUUGAUAACAUGAGAAUUAUGCUGACUGUUAUUUACAUCAGUUAUUUAGGUAAAUGAGAAAAAUAUCAUUUGCAUAAUAAUUUGGAACAGACUGUAUAUGACAUUGAUAUUUAUUAAAGCUGUCUCGUAGUGUAAAAUCCAUUUUUGCGGUAGAACAGAAACUAUUAUUUUUGGGUCUGUUUGUUCAGUGAACCCUUGUAUGAACACAGCAUGGACGAUUAACGCAGGACUCUUUGUCUUCCAGCUCAGGAAAGCCAUUGAAGGUCUUGCAAACCCAAAAUGAAACACACAAGAUGUCUGAACCUCUGGAGGGGAAACACUUAUUACCCCAAUAUCACGCAUUCCUGAGGCCAAUGUCGGGGCAGACCCCAGCAGGAGUUCAUAUAAAGAGCAAUUCUGGAGUGCUGAAAGUGGAGCGGUUACCAUGGAAACUAAUGGAAUGUUCCCGCUGAUGCUGCACUAUUAAAACCCAGAACUGGCCUUUAUACCGACUGCGGAAUGUUAUUACGUUCAAAAGACUAAACAAUCAGGGAGGACGACAGAGUUCAGACUGAGCGUAUUAAGUAGACAUUUUAUAUUAUAUGAAAAUAUCUUUUUAUUUUUAGUGUCUUCUCAGGAUGUUUGAUAAAUGUACGUACACUGGCUUUAUGCUAAUUCCUACCACUCGACCACCAGAUUCACCAUAUUACUGUAAACACUAUAAGGAUUUUAUUUACUAAAAGUGAGAAUUCAGAGUGAAUUUCAAAUUUAACGUUAACAUAGCCUGGCUGUAAAAAGUCAACUCGGCUGCUGUGGUGUUAAAUUUGAAAUUUACUUUGAAUUUACUUUCAAUUCUCACUUUAGUGUAUAUAACCCUGUCUAUUUUACUCUGUUUUUAGAACUCUAAUUUUGAAUAAUUAAAUAGACUGUACAGCAUGUCGUCUGCCUCUAUACAUGUAAUUCCUACAAUAGCCAAUGGAUGUCACUAGAGCACCAUGUAUGAAAGUGUGAUUUGGCUUCAGAGCAUUUGCUUUAUUAGGAGGUUGAAAUCUAUGGGUUCAUCUUAUGAAACAUGGCUGCCCAACAAUGAAAUCUCUCUCAGUUUGUGACACUGUUUUUAUUAGAGUCAUAGAAAUAUCAGGAACUUUUGCCUGUGGCUGGUGAGCUAUUCAGAUUCCAGUGAAGAGGACAAUGUUUACCCUCUUUUUUCAUAAGACAAUGACAGAAAUGGUUCCAGCUGUAUAUUUAAAGCUACACACAGUGCCCACUAAUCCACAUUGCUCAUAGACAACAUACAAAUAUAUAUAUACAUAGCUACGCUCCCACUGACAACUCUUCUAAUGAAAAAUUCAGGGUAGCACGAGAAUUGGAGAACUUGAGCUAAUAUUCUCUUAGAGGGCCUCUUAUGAGAUGAGAAUGUGGCACCCUAUGGGCAUCUCAUGCCCAUAGGGUGCCACUGUUAUAACUACAACUUUGGAUUCCAGGUAUUUUAAAAAUUAAAGACAAUAAGGGGUACCUCUUGUAAAAAGAAUGUUGGGGUUUCACACUCUCAAAACGCCACCAUUGCAGAUAGAAUUUGGGGUAUCAUCCUCCCGGAGUGACACAUUUUUCCAAAGAGAAUGUUGGGUACUACAGUAUUGGAGUGCGAGUCGUACAAUAGGAAUUUGGGGUACCACACUCGUAGAGACUCUGUUUUCUUUUUUUUUUAAUUUUUGGUACCAGAUUGGGAGUAUCGCUUCAGACCCAGAUUGCUGUUUCCCUAAAUAAUUUUCUACUAUUAAAUCCUAACUCCCUGAAUUGUCCUUGUUACUUUACAAUCUAAUAUUCUAUCAUAUUAAGCCUUCAGUAUUGCUGGAGUACAAGUGGAAAUCCACAUGGAUAUUAGCAUACCGGACAUGACACACGACGGCCAACACUCACUAAAAGGCAUCACAGAAAUACAGACGUCCUCAGGCACACCAAACCGUAUCUCACCCAUAUACACAUCAGCAAAAACGUCCCAAACAAUAAGGCUGCGGCUUUUUCUGAAGACACGUAUUGCCAUUUCCAUCCAAGUAACAGCUGAUUUCAAGUAAAUCUGAAAAAAAGGUGCAACAGAUAAUAACUAUAUUGCAGAAUCUAUGGGUACAUCCUCAGCCGGAGUCACUGAAAUAUCUUCCUUUGCGAGUUGGAUCUUGCCCACAAUGCUUUGCUACUCCAGCUGGUUGGAAGUUAUUGUCCUAGUGGCAGUAUCAAGGUGAAUCUAUUUCCAGUUAUUGCCAACCCACGGGCAGUAAACGUCACGACUGCCCUGUUUUCUGUACAAUACAUUCUUCGUGCUUAGUAAAAUCAUGUCAUCUCUGUGAGCUUGAAUCUAAUAAAUUGUUAAUUCACAGACAAUACAUAGCAGCAGGCUGUUUGGUGCCGCUGGUGGAGACCAGAGAUCGCUGUGUCUUGGCACUAAUAUCACCAUCUUAGUAAGUAAGGUGAUCGACUUGACCCAAUACGUAAGGUGGCCUCCCUAUUUGUAGGUGUCCCAUGGGCAUUGUCUACAAGCCACCUAGUUAUAAAACACCUCGUCUUCGGAUUGGGAGCUACUGUCUACGUAGUGCAGUGAGUUGUUGAGUCGUGGUUUGCAGGAUUCAGGAGCGAUGUCUCCUUCACCUGCCGCUGGUAUUUUGGCAUUAUCCGAACUGCUACUCCUGGCUGCGUUGAACAGCGGGCAAUGAAAAACGGACUGCAUUGGCCGCACCUCGGAAACAUCCCAUGCCUCUGCGGGGAGCAGCUGCUGAGGUGCUACAGCCAAGGAUAUAGCUGAUGAGUGAGACAAGCCGGGAAGACUCCCACCAAGAUCGGAGCCACAGGCACCAUGAGCGUAACUCAGCAGCCGCCCCUGGAGGUAGAGGCUCUCCAGAUCU